AUGACUCUCACUCAGACUUGCAGUGCGAUGGUAACUAGACCGAUUGCUGAGAAGCUGUCUGACCUAGGGAGUUUCACAAUUCCCUGCACUAGUGGCAACUUUGCUUUCGCCAAAGCACUUUAUGAUUUGGGGGCUAGCAUAAAGCUUAUACCCCUGGCGAUCUACAAGAGGUUGGGGAUUGGAAGAGCUAUACCCACUUCGAUGUUGUUGCAACUGGCUGACAGGACCGUGAAAAGACCCUCUGGUAUCCUGGAUGAUGUGUUGAUUCAGGUAGGAAAAUUUGUGUUCCAUGCAGAUUUUGUGAUUUUAGACUGCAAAGUGGAUGAAAAGAUUCCCAUAAUUUUGGGAAGGCCUUUCUUGGCCACUGAGAAAGCUCUUAUUGACUUUGAUGAUGAGAUGCUGACUAUUAAGGACCCUCUUGCUGCAUGUCUGGUAAAUUUAGAUGAGAUGAAUGGGGAAGAACUGACAGAAUGGGUGUUGGCUUUAGAGGUAGAGGGUUCUGGGAUAGAACUCUUGAAUUUGAGCCCCUGCACUUAG